AUGACUAUCACCACACGAUCAAUUUCCCUCCAAGUCCCCGCAAAGCUCAACCCGCAGCUCCGAGUCGGGCCUCUCCAAGAAGAUCAAUAUCAUGAUAUCACACUAGUCUACCAGGCGAUAUCGCUCUAUGACACUUUGCGCAUCUCACACAACCCCGCAGGUCCCACAAUUACUGUAACGGGGACGGAGAGUGAGCGAAUCCCAACAGACGGUCGCAACCUGGUCAUCAGAGCAGCGCAAGCUCUCGGAGACCAUGUAGGCUUUGAACCGCAUAUACAUUUCGAUCUCAUCAAGGCGAUACCCACCCAAGCCGGGCUGGGUGGUGGAAGCGCUGAUGCGGCGGCCGCCCUUGUCGGCUGUAAUAUGCUGUGGGGAUCGAAUGUCUGUGACGACGAUCUUAUGGCGUUGGGCGCAAAUCUAGGAGAAGAUGUACCCUUUUUCAUCAAAGGCAUGAUGGCCCUGGGCUUGGGACAUAAGAAGCCACUUGUGAGCCUACAGACGAGUAAUUAUACAUGGAACUGGGUUCUAGGUGUGCCUGCUGCUGGUCUAUCAACAAAAUCGGUGUUUGAGAGAUUCGAUCACGUAUUGGCUAGAUCUCCGUCUGCCGAGAAGAUUUAUUUACAAAACCGGCAAAAUUGCAUUGAAGUUCCUUGGGGGACAAGUCAUCCGGAGGAUCUGCUAUCUGCGCUUGUUAAUGACCUCGAAGGCCCAUCUACAGAGCUGCUGCCAGAUAUUGAAAUUGCCUUACGCGCUGGAAAGGCUGCUGGUGCGGUUGCUAGUCUCAUGAGUGGCUCGGGGUCAACGUGCGCGUUCCUAGCCAGAGACGAAACUCAUGCGAGAAGUUUGAUGAUAGAAUUGCAAAAAGAGACAGUUUUUAAGGAGGUACUGAUGGCCUCAGGCCCAGUGGAGGGUGUUCGCGUUCUCCGAGAGAGGAGGUAA